UGGAGUAAUGGUGGGAUUGGGAUCUUCAUCCACAAUAAUUUCUUCAAUGGAGCAAGACAGACGAAGGGAACGCCUUUAGUUUAUACUACUACCUCGUAUUGCCUCAUUGGUGAAGCAUUCAAAAUCUUUAAUGUGUCCAGUGCAACACUACCCUUCCUCGUUGGGAGUAAUCUUGCGUACAAGCGUAGUGUAAUUAUAUAUACUACUACUACUAGUACUAGUACAUGAUAGAUAGAUAUAUCCUCCCUCAGCCAGACAAGACACCAGAAGGAGGAGGAAAGUUUCUCAGGUUUAAAUGGCUAAAGACUACACAGGAUCCCCUAAACCUCACCAUUUGGAAACGAAACGAAAACGUCUCAUUUGGAUCCUGGCUGUGAGUGGUCUCUGCAUUUUGUUUUAUGUUCUAGGUGCUUGGCAAAGUACAAAUUCCGCCCCAUCCACCCAAUCGGGGGUCUGGGAAAGAGUUGGCUGUCAGGAUGGAUCUCCUGAUCAUGAUCAUCGGAAAGAGGAGGAAAAUCCCGACCUCUCCUCAUCCUCACCCUCAUCAGCUACGUCUUCAGUAAUGUCCAGUACCCCACUGGACUUUGAGAGCCAUCACCAACUGGAGGUUAAUAGUUCUGAGGAGUCGCAAACAUUUCCGCCCUGCGAUAAGUCCUACACCGAAUACACUCCUUGCCAGGACCCCAGCAGGGGAAGGAAAUUUGACCGCAAGUUUUUGAAGUACAGAGAGAGGCACUGCCCUGACAAGGAAGAGCUCCUUCGCUGCCUCAUUCCUGCUCCCCCAAACUACAAGACACCUUUCAAAUGGCCUCAAAGCAGAGAUUAUGCUUGGUAUGCCAACAUCCCCCACAAACAUUUGAGUGUUGAGAAGGCAAAUCAAAACUGGAUCCAGCUUGAAGGUGAUCGCUUUAAAUUUCCCGGAGGGGGCACCAUGUUUCCGAACGGGGCUGACGCUUAUAUAGACGACAUCAAUGAGCUCAUCCCUCUCAGUAACGGCGACAUCCGGACUGCACUUGAUACAGGCUGUGGGGUUGCGAGUUGGGGUGCUUACCUAUUGAAAAGGAACAUCAUUGCAAUGUCUUUUGCUCCAAGAGAUACACAUGAAGCACAGGUAUGGUUUGCACUGGAGCGUGGUGUUCCAGCUAUGAUCGGUGUCAUGGGUUCACAACGACUACCCUAUCCUGCAAGGGCAUUUGAUAUGGCACAUUGCUCGCGUUGUCUGAUCCCUUGGUACGACUAUGGCGGACUCUAUCUAAUUGAAGUUGACAGAGUUCUGAGGCCUGGCGGUUAUUGGAUACUCUCUGGCCCUCCUAUUCGCUGGAAGAAGUACUGGAGGGGUUGGGAAAGAUCCCAAGAGGAUUUGAAGCAGGAGCAGGAUUCCAUCGAGGAUGUUGCAAAGCACCUAUGCUGGAAGAAAGUGAUCGAGAAGGAAGAUCUUGCUGUGUGGCAAAAGCCUAUCAACCACGUUGAGUGCAUCAAGAGCAGGGCGAUUUACCAUACACCCCCCAUGUGCAAAUCUGACAAUGCUGAGGCUGCUUGGUACAAAGACAUGGAAGCUUGCAUCAGCCCGUUACCAGAGGUAAGCAACAAAGACGAAGUCGCAGGUGGUGCCUUGGAAAAGUGGCCAGAGCGUGCGUUUGCUACUCCCCCUAGAAUCAGUGUUGGCUCAGUUCCAGGAAUCACCUCGGAGAAAUUCAGAGAAGAUAAUGAAGUGUGGAAGGUGCGGGUGGCAAACUACAGACAAGUUGUUGCUCCCUUGGGCCAAGGGCAAUACCGAAACGUAAUGGACAUGAAUGCUUUCCUGGGAGGUUUUGCAGCAGCAUUGGCAAAGUAUCCAGUAUGGGUGAUGAAUGUUGUCCCUGCCAAAUUAGAUCCUGAUACUCUGGGAAUCAUAUAUGAACGAGGAUUCAUUGGCACAUAUCAUGACUGGUGUGAAGCAUUCUCAACCUAUCCACGAACAUAUGACCUCAUUCAUGCUGACGGUGUUUUCAGCAUAUAUCAGGACCGGUGUGACAUUACCGACAUUCUCCUUGAGAUGGACAGAAUCCUAAGGCCAGAAGGGACUGUCAUAUUCAGGGAUGCUGUGGAAGUCCUGGUGAAAAUCAAAAGUAUAAGUGAUGGAAUGAGGUGGGAGAGUCGCAUCUUGGAUCACGAGAGUGGACCCUUUAACCCCCAGAAAAUUCUUGUUGCUGUAAAAAACUAUUGGACAGCUGAAGCUAAAGAGUGAAGGGGAAAGACUUAACAGCUUUAGUGUCAGGUUGCUGAAGGUCGUUUGAGGUGAUUUGGGGAUUGAUGCUCACAUGAAAUUUGGAUCAAGCAACCUUAUUUCGGUGACUGGAAGUCCAGUGCAAAACUUUCUUUAAACAAAGACACAAGCGCACAGAAGAGGGGAAAACAGGAAAGGAACUAUGCUACUGCAUACAUUCCAUGACUUCUCAAUAUUUGUGCGUCAGUGUUGCCUUCCGCUGGGUUGGGCAAGGUUGGUGCUUACUGUAGUCUGUAGGUAGGACUCUUGAGUUCGGUUUUUUCCAUACAAAUUUAACUCGUACACAUUUAUUUGUAAUACAAUACUCCAACUUAUGGGCACAAACACUUGUUCCACUUUAACGAUUGCAAGAUUCUGGCUUCAUUCUUGGCUGAUUCUUUCUUAAUGAAGUGGAAUUGUUGUUUACCUUA